CAAAGUCAGCACACUGCAAAUUCGUACACUGUAAAGUCACUUUGAAGUUGAUGAAAAAAAAAAGAAGAAAAAGUCACUUUGAAUUUCCAACAUCAAACCAAAUUCCAUAAAUCCUCAAAAAAACUCAUUUAAACCCUCAAUUUCUUUGUCCAAAUCUCAGUUUUCGUCCAAAAGGGAACUAAAAAAUGGGAGAUUUUUACUCAUACAACAAUGAAGUAGAAGUCGAAGAAGAAGCGAUUAAACUUCCACCUUCAGUAGAACAAAUGUUAAACCAAAUCUGCAAAAAUCAAAGACAAAAUUCACCAGAUGAAACAGUACGAAGACUUCUUUUAUCAAUCGGAGAAGAAGGUUCACUUGAUAUUUUGAGUAAAAUCUCAGUUUAUCAAAUUAAAAAAACACUCAGUGGAUUUAUUGUAUUUAUAGCCAAAAAAUAUUAUCAGUCCGAAACUAAACAGUUUUAUCAGCAGCAGCAAACUCCAGUUUCAUCUGCUGAAAGUUUUUUCCAGUCUCCGCAAAUUCAAAGGAUUUCUCUUUCUUCUCCAAAUUCGUCUUCUUCUUCAGUAAAUUUUUCUCCUAGAAAUGGGCCACUUUUUCAGGCUACUGUUCAUAAUAAUGACAUAGUCGGUGAUGGAUCUGAUUCUCCAACAUCUGCUCCCCAAAUGCUAUCACCUCCAACGAGUCCCGAAAGAGCAAACUUUCAAAGAGAUAGUUAUGAUCCUAUGCCAUCUGAAUAUAGAAACAGGGCUGGCAUACAAGGAAUAAGCGAACAGUUGCUGGCACUCAGUAAUCUUGAGUUCAGGAAAUUAUUUUUGAUUCUACACUACAUUGGAAGGAGGAAGUUGGAGGAUGUCAUUAUGCUUCAUGAUGUCGGUGAAAUUUUGGAUAUGACAUGUCAACCUAUGGCUCAUUUUGAGUCAUAUAUUUGGACUAAAUAUGGUCAUCUUUGUGAAAACGUUAAACGGGUGCAGUAUCUUGAUUGGGAUUCCGGAAGGAGUCAUUUCUAUCAUUGCCAUGUUUAUUCGGAUGGAAGCUAUGCUUUUAAGGGUCCUUACCUGAAAGCAGAAAGAACCCAUCUACAACAGUCAUUAGGAGAUGAAAAUAUAUUGGUUGUCAGGUUUAUGGAAGAAGCCCCAAGGUGUCCACAAGAGAUUGUUAAGAAUGGAAUUCUUGUUGGUUUGAGGCGCUAUCGCUUUUUUGUUUAUAAGGAUGAUGGGAAGAAGAAAAAUUCAAUGGACAAAGAGGAAAAGAUCGAUACAGUCAAAUGCUACUUUGUUCGAAUGGAAUCUCUUAAUCCUUAUGAAAAUUUAACUUACAUUUUGCACGACAAGAUAGUCCACAAAGCAAGGUGUCGUUUCAUGCAUGUACAUAUGGUCUCUAGCAUGGCUAAAUACAUGGCCAGGUUCUCCCUAAUUUUAUCCACGACAGUAAAGCUUCAAGUUGAUCUGAAUUCAGUGAAUAUUGACAGAAUUGAAGAUAUAUAUUGUCAUGACAAGAAUGGACGUACUCUCUAUGACGAAGAUGGAAAACCCCUUAUACACACAGAUGGGACAGGAUAUAUUUCGGAAGAUUUGGCAAGAAAGUGUCCACAAGAUUUUUUCAAUGUGAAGUAUAAGAAUGCCAAGUUAGAGAGAUAUCCCAAUGGUGUUGAACCUGGGGAGAAUUCAUCCAAGGUGGGAGAGGCAGAAUUUCAGAGUGGGGAACUGCCUUUGUUAAUGCAGUGCCGUCUAUUCUACAAUGGUCUUGCUGUAAAGGGAACCCUUCUAGUCAAUAGAAAGCUGCCACGGCGCACAAUUCAGAUUAGGCCUUCAAUGAUCAAGGUUGAGGCUGACCCAAAAUUGUCAAGAGCUCGAAUGUUUAACUCGCUGGAAAUAGUUACACCUAGUUUUAAACCUCGGAAUACUUAUCUAUCAAGAACUCUUAUUGCUCUGUUGACCUAUGGAGGUGUUCCUGCAGAGUAUUUCUUUGAUAUACUGAAUAUCACUUUGGAGGAGACACAAAGGUUAUACUCAGAUGAGGUGACAGCACUAAAAGUUGCAGCGAACCAUAGAGAUCGUGAUGAUGCCUCUAUUGCCACGGGUAUGAUAAUGGCUGGAGUACCUCUCUGUGAACCGUAUCUUAGGUGUUGCUUAUCUUCCUUGGCAAAGGAAGAAAGAAAUGGGCUAAAAGGAGGAAAACUUCCUAUCUCUGAUACUUUCUAUUUAAUGGGGACAGCUGAUCCGACGGAUACAUUAAAUCCUCAUGAAGUCUGUGUUAUUCUUGAACACGGGCAGAUAUCUGGAGAGGUACUAGUAUACAGGAAUCCCGGACUUCAUUUUGGUGAUAUCCACAGACUACUUGCUGUCCCAGUGAAGAACCUCGGUGACGUAGUUGGAAAUGCUAAAUAUGGAAUAUUUUUCUCGACCAAAGGUCCAAGAUCUGCAGCCACUGAAAUUGCUAAUGGCGAUUUUGAUGGAGAUAAAUAUUGGGUCUCUCAAAACCCCCAGCUGUUGAAAUAUUACCGUGCAAGUAGACCGUGGAGCAGAAUCCAUUCAACACCAAAGACAUUGCAUAGGGAGCCUAAAGACUUCUCUGCCGAGGAAAUGGAACAUGAGCUCUUUCAGACAUUCCUAGAAACUAGGAUGCCAAACUAUAGUAUGGCUGACGCUUCUUCUAGCUGGUUGGCGCUCAUGGAUAGACUUCUGAUAUUGAGGAAGAAUAACACCACAGAGAAUGAAGAGACAAAGACCAUGAAAGAAAAGUUGUUUGAGUUGACUGAUUUGUAUUACGACGCUAUAGACGCCCCCAAAAGUGGGAAUAAGGUCUACAUCCCGAAAAGGUUGAAAGUGGAUAAGUUUCCACAUUUCUUGGAAAAGAAAGAAGAGUAUAUCUCUACUUCAGUUCUAGGAGAAAUUUAUGACAGGGUUAAGUCAUUUAAAGCUGAAGCAGCAGCUGCAGUAGAAAUCAAGAAAAUUCCUGCUUUUGAGGUCAAAAUCCCUGAGACAUGCUUGAGGUUAUGGGAGGAAAGGUACAAAAAGUACAGAUUUGAGAUGAUUCAAGCGUUGAACACCAGCAAUGAAUCAAAAAAUGACUUAGCGGACGAGGUUGUUAAAAAAUACAAACAGUUGCUAUAUGAAGCACCGGAUAUGGAGGAGAGUGCAAGGAGUACAACAGAUAUAUUUAACGAUGCACUUGCUAUUUAUCGCGUUACUUAUGAUUAUGCAAAGGCUAUCGGAGACGUAAAAAAAUGUGGUUUUGCAUGGAAAGUUGCAGGUUCAGCUCUUUGUAGACUUCAUGCUGAGCUUCAUGCAAAAGAACAUAACCAAAAAGUCAUGGCUGUGUCACCUUCUAUAUUGCACAAAUUAUUGAACUUGAGGAACAAAGAAGUUUCUAACAAGUAAAAUAUGUAUUGACAAUUUAGUGUAUAUAUUGCUUUUUCUUGGGUUCUUA